UUCAUAUCCUCUCCCUCUCAGUUUCUACUCAUCAAUGGCCAGAGACGGUGGCGUUUCUUGUCUACGAAGCUCAGAGAUGCUGAACGUCGGUCUCGGAGGAAUGGAAUCUCCACCGUUAGAUUUAGAUGAAGUUCAUGUCCUAGCCGUCGAUGACAGCCUCGUUGAUCGUAUUGUCAUUGAGAGAUUGCUUCGUAUCACCUCAUGCAAAGUCACGGCUGUAGAUAGUGGAUGGCGUGCUCUAGAGUUUCUAGGGCUAGACAACGAAAAAGCCUCUGCUGAAUUAGAUAGAUUGAAAGUUGAUAUGAUCAUCACUGAUUACUGUAUGCCUGGAAUGACCGGUUACGAGCUUCUCAAGAAGAUCAAGGAAUCGUCCAGUUUCCGACAAGUUCCAGUUGUAAUAAUGUCGUCUGAGAAUGUGUUGACUAGAAUCGACAUGUGUCUUGAGGAAGGUGCGGAGGAUUUUUUACUGAAACCGGUGAAACUCGCCGACGUUAAACGCCUGAGAAAUCACUUAACCGGAGAUGUUAAGCUUUCUAACGGAAACAAACGGAAGCUUCCAGAAGAUUCUGUUACCGUCCACGCUUUGCUUCCUCCGCCGCCAGCGUUGACUCUUUCCACUGAUUCUUCGGAUUCUUCUCCGCCGUUAUCUCCCGUGGAGGUCUUUUCCUCGCCACUCUCAUCUCAAGAAGAUGAUGAUGUGUUGACCACGUCGCCGGGGUCUUCGCCGACGCCGGAGGAGUCGAUGGGUCGACGGCAGAAGAUGAGGAGUCCCGGAUUAGAUUAG